UCCAUGAAAAGCUAGACAAUAAAAUGGAUUAUAAAUAUAUUUAAAUUAAUUUGAAACUAUUCUAGUGGUUAUAGUAAACGUUGAGUGAAACAUGAGCUCAUAAUUAUUUUAUUUGCAUUAAAUUACUAUUAAAAUAAUUUUUAAAGGAAAUUUUUUGAUUUACUGACACUUAUUUUUUGUGCAUCUGCCAUGUUAUAUAAAAAUAUCUGAAUUGUCUAUAAAUCAUGAGAGGGAGAAAAAAAAAAACCCUUGGCCCUUAAUUGGUAAUCCUUGAGUAAUUUCAUAAAAUAAUUAGCUUGCAAUGAUUGGCUUAUAUUAUAUACUCAUUUGCAAAUCAUAAGUCUCUUAAUAUAAGAUAAAGGAGUAAAAAACGUUAAAGGCAUGAUGAAGAUUCAUUUAAGAGUUAUUGAUAUAACAAAGAAGAGAGGAUGACUUUUCAAACUGAAGAAUCUUCAUUUUCUCAUACGUAAAUCAAAGUCCAGAAUUCAAUCCAGUGGUCUCCAAGAUGGACUAUGGGUAUCAACGAGGUAGCUUUGAAGAUGAUGACUAUGAUUAUCAACAAUCAUAUAGCAAGGCUUCUUAUCAAUCAGAAGGUAGAGACCGUCGACCUCCAAGAUCAAGCAAUUCGAGUAUUCGUGAUGGUCGUGGUCAGCAAAGUUCUUCUAAAUAUCCAGAGAAUACUCUUCAACGACUUGAUAGCAUCCAGGAUCCAGGAAAGAGAUAUGUUUUGAAUGAAGUCAUUGGUUCUGGAGUUUGUGGAGUAGUGUAUGCUGCUGUUGAUACCCAAUCUGGAAGCAGACCAGUAGCUGUCAAGAUACAACCACUGACAUCUGAGACCCAAGAAUUCAUCGUAGAAGAGUACAGAAUUUUUCGAGAUCAUGGAGGACACCCGAAUAUUCCAGACUUCAAUGGAAUAUACAGGAAAAGAUCUGGAAAGAAGACUGUACCUGAUCAAUUAUGGAUUGCAAUGGAGCUCUGCUCUGGUGGACCGGUCAUGGACCUCGUCAGGGGACUUGCAGCAUCCGAGAAAACAAUGCGAGAGGAACACAUUAGCUACAUUCUCAGAGAAGUUAUAAAGGCUUUGAUCCACCUGCAUGAAAAUAAUGUUAUUCAUCGAGAUGUAAAGGGUUCUAAUAUCUUGAUAACAAGCUCUGGCGAGGUUAAAUUGACUGACUUUGGUCUUGCUAAACAACUGAAGUCUCCAACAUCGAAAUGCAAGACUUGCAUUGGAUCACCUUCGUGGAUGGCUCCAGAGGUGGUGAUGAGUAAGAGUGAUGAUCCUGAAGGAGGAUAUGACACUCGAGCUGAUGUUUGGUCUAUUGGGAUCACAGCUAUUGAACUGGCUGAAGGGAAGGCACCUUUUGAAAGUAUGCAUGCGACUAGAGCUCUCUUCCAGAUCGUACGAAAUCCACCACCAAGUCUUUAUAGACCUGCUAACUGGUCGGAUAACUUCAUUGACUUUAUCAAUGAAUGUCUAGAGAAGAAUCCAGAAAAUAGACCAGUGAUGGCGGAAAUAUUAGAGCAUCCUUUUCUCCAGGAACUUCCGAGCAAUGAUUAUGUUUUAACUCAAGAGUUAAAGACGUUGGCGCAAAAUGCUCGAGAAAAGGCUCCCAAGUCAAAAUACCCUGAAUGUAUGGUUCGCAAUGGCUUCGUCAAAACAGACAAGAGAGAAGCAGAGAGGAUGCUAACAGAAGACUUAGCUGCCCUAGAAGUCCUAACUGAAGACACCAUUCUAGAUGAGCUCAACGAGCGCAUUCGUCAGGGUGAUUUCCAUGCAUUCGUUGGAGAUGUUCUGAUCAUUUUAAAUCCCAACGAGAUCCAAGAUAUCUAUGGACUCAGUUAUCAUGAAAAAUACAACUUCAAAUCUAGAUCAGACAAUGCUCCACAUAUUUAUUCAGUGGCUGACAAAGCUUACCAAGAUGUGCUUCACAACGAAGAGGCUCAGCACAUUAUUUUUUCAGGUGAAAGUAAAUCUGGCAAAACAUCCAAUAUGAUGAAUGUCAUCAAACACCUGAUGUAUCUUGGCAAGAGCACCAAAGACAUAGGUAUCAGACUAGCAAAAGCAAUGGAUUUGAUUCAAGCACUCACCCAUGCAGCAACACCACUCAAUCCCAAUUCCACCAGAUGUGUGUUCCAACUCCAAACGACCUUUGGAUCCACUGGCAAGGCUUCCGGUGCUAUAUUCUGGAUCUAUCAGCUAGAAAAAUGGCGGGUUUCAUUGUUCGACAGGAGUCAAUCCAACUUCCAUAUCUUUUAUUAUCUAUAUGAUGCUCUGGAUGCUAAAGAAAAGCUUCAAGAGUACAGCCUUCCAUCUGGAAGACGGAUGCGAUAUCUAAGAAUAUGUGAGCCUAACUAUGGCAAGGCUUCCUGUGAAGUUCGACACAAUCCUCAGGGAAAUUGUCUCAAGUUUGAUGAGAUCAAUGAAGUGUUGAAGCUCAUGGAGAUGGAAGAGUGUACCAAGAAAAUAUGGACGAUACUGUCAGCUAUUUUGAUUCUUGGUGAAGUGAGGUUCAUUGAAGGCAGUAAUAGUGAAGCUGAAAUUAGGAAUGUUGAUGCUGCUAAUACAGUGGCAAACCUCUUGGGUCUGGAUCAAAAAAAAUUCAUCUGGUCUUUGACUAAUUAUUGUAUGAUAAAGAAAGGUAGUGUUGUACGAUGUAAGCACACAUGUGAGGAGGCUAAUUUAGCUCGGGAUAUUUUAUCAAGUACAGUGUAUAAUAGACUUGUUGACUGGAUCAUCAACAGUGUGAAUGAAAAGCUGUCGAUGACUCGAACUCUUUUUGGUGAUAAAUUUGUGAUAGACCUCCUAGAUCUCUUUGGCUUUGAAUGCUUUUCUAACAACAGACUGGAACAGUUGAUUGUGAACACAAUGAAUGAACAGCUACAGUGUUAUUAUAAUCAACGAGUCUUUGGUUGGGAGAUGCAAGAGCAAGAAGAAGAGGAAAUUCCUAUCGAAUAUUUCCAUUAUUAUGACAAUCGAGAAGUGAUUGAACGAUUGAUGGGAAAGAACUAUGGACUGUUCCAAGUGCUAGAUUAUGCCUCUCGUGAAUCACAAGACACUCAGUACAUCCUAGAAAAAAUGAAAGACAAGUCUAAGGGAUUAUAUGUCAAAGCUAUCAGCCAUCAUGAAUUCAGUGUUGCUCAUUACACUGGAAAAAUAUCCUAUGAUGCGACAGACAUUGUUGAAAAGAAUCGAGACUUUGUGCCACCUGAAAUGAUAAAUACAAUGAGGACAUCAACUCUCGAGAUCAUCAAACAGAUAUUCACUGGUCAAUUAACAAAGUCUGGCAAUCUUACCACAGUCAGCGAUCAACCAAAGGGUCCACAAGUAAAGAAACGGGUAGGAGGAAAGGCACAGCAAGAAGCUUCCAAGAUUCGGAGAUACAACACAUCAUCAAGAGGACAGUUUUCUCAGUCGAGAAAGAUGCGAACAUGUGCAGCAACCUUUCGUUCAGUUAGUCUGGAGAUAUUGAAAAAUUUAUCAGUGGGAAGCAGCAACGGUGGCACGCACUUUGUGAGAUGUAUUCGAGCUGAUCUAGAAGGAAAACCUCGAGGAUUUUAUCGGGAACUUGUGAGGCAACAGAUCCGAGCACUAGCUGUUUUGGAUACAGCAAAAAUUAGACAGAAAGGAUUUCCACAUAGAAUUCCAUUCCAAGAAUUUCUUAGAAGAUAUAAAUUCUUAGCUUUUGAUUUUGAUGAGAACGUAGAGAUGACCAAAGAUAACUGCCGACUCCUAUUAGUUAGAUUAAAAAUGGAAGGCUGGAUAAUUGGAAAAACCAAAGUAUUUCUCAAGUAUUAUAACGAAGAAUAUUUAUCAAGAUUAUAUGAAACUCAAGUAAGAAAAAUAGUCAAAAUUCAAUGCAUGCUUCGAGCAUUUUUAGCACGCAAAAAGCUCAACAAAGUCAAUCAGAAGAAGAAGGAAAAUGCUAAGAAAUCAACACAAGUCAAGAAAUCUGAUUCUGUGACAAUGUCAGAAGAGGAUGCAGCAUUGAAAAUUCAAAAAACUUUCAGGGGCCAUGCUGUUAGGAAAGAGAUGGGUCCAGUGUUGAAAGGUGAAUUUGAUGAAAACACCAAGCAAUUUAUAGAAUAUUACAGCUCUAAAUGGAAAUCAAAGAGCAUAUUCCAGGUUCUGUUGCAGUAUCGUGCAGCUCGGUAUCAAGAUCUGGUUCAAUUUUGCCAACAGGUUCAUCUGUAUAAUCAAACCUGCUUCGCCAAUCUCCAAGAGAACACUCAACGAGCACCGCUAGAUAAAAUAGAUCCUAAUGCCAAUAAGAAUCUAUAUCUUGAUAAUCGUCCAAGACAAGUUCACAAGCUGCCAUUUGAUUUAUACAAUGAGUUUCCUUUUUUUGAUACAAGCUACAUGAAUGAUCCUUUAAAAGGUCGAAGAGGCACAGGGUCUAUAUGUUCUGUUUCUGAUGAAGAACACGAGUCAUGGGAUGCACCACUGCGGCGACAAACAGUACCAUGGGCAACUCAACCAAAUAAAAAAGAUGUUGAGAUUCAAACAACAUUUUCACCUAACCGAUCACCUCGUCAUAACAUGAAUACCGGUCAAAAUAUCAUCAAUACUCCGUUUACAAGAGAUCCAAAUAUACCUGUAAAAUUACCUCCAGCAGAGAUACCGCAAACGAGAAAAUUCACGUCGGGAAAUACAUCAUAUAAGUCACCAGGUGUUACGAAUUCCUAUAGUGCUCAUAAAAAGAUGCCACCGCCGCCUAUUCCGAUUAAUCAAAAGAAAACGUGGAAUGAUAAUGACAAAAGGAAACAAGACAAUUGGAUGAAUGAAGAUCGAAAUCGAAAUUCUAUCAAUGUGCGAUCUAAUCCUAUUCGUGAGCUUCAAGCAAUGGGCCGGAGAAAUGUUAAUAACAAUGAUGAUUCGGAUGAUGAGCCACCAUUUAAUUUCCAAGCAAUGCUAAGGAAAACUCCUCACCAACGUGACUCCAUGAGAAGGAAUCCAGUUUACGACAGUCACAUACCAACAUCACCACCCAGAAGACAACCCCGCUAUCAACGACCAACAUCUCCAUAUCCCGGUGAACGAGAAACAGCUUACAAGUCAUCUGAUGAUCCAGAUGCCGUGACCAUCUAUCGAAGUAACAGUCGAGUUGAAUCACCUGAAUGGAGUCCAAAUGAAAUGGUGAGGAUGUCUGAGAAGUAUGGUCGAGAGGAACCAAGUUGGGCUAGCACAUCUGCCCAGGAUGGUGCUUGGGGUGGAGAAAGCAAACCAUCAACAAACAAAGCUAACAACAUCAAUAAUAAUAUUAAUGACAACACCAGCUUGAGACCCAAUCAGUAUGAAGCUAAAGUUCUAGAACAGAAACCUGAUGGUCGUUCUAUUGUACAACUUGCUCCAGGAUUAAUUAUCGAAGGAUAUUGCGCUGAUCUAUAAAAUACAGAAAGAUGAGUUGAAAUUUUUUUCAAAUAUUUUCAUUGAUAAAUCUGACUUCAAAUAUUAUUAUUUCAUCAUAUUAAUAAUAAUCUGUAUUUAUUCGGCAAAACGCUUAAAUAAAUAACCAA